UCCCAUUCCUGAUUUAUCCGAAUACCCAUUUCCCCGUUUCCCCAAAGUUCCAAACGGCAAUUGGCAAAACCCGUAGGGCCUGUCCCCGUUCAUCAACGCCAAUCGCCGAUUCGACGCCAGUCGCGACGCCGUUCGGCUGUUCCAAAAUCCAAAGAAUCCAAACUUCCAGAUUCCAGUGUUCGGUGCUGGUGCUGGUGCUGGUGCUGGUGCAGGUGCAGGGUUCAAGGUGCAGCGUGCGAUCGGCCUCGACGGCCUGAAUCUCUGAUUCUGAUUUCGAAGGUGAAGACGAAGACGAAAAUCUUGCUCUCUUGCUCUCAAUCUUGCGGUACCUCCUCGGCGACCUCAAUCUUGCUCUCUCUCCAUCCCUUGGGCCUCAAGAGAAGAUUGAGUUUCUCAAACCCAUCAUUGCCAACUUCUGCAAUUUGGGUUUCUUUAUCGAGAUGAAAACACCCAGUAAUAAUAUAGACACGAGAUACACUGGAGAGAUACUGAAGCAUUUAGAGAAGCAGAAUGAGCUGCUUAUGGAUGCAUAUCGAUCAAUGGUAAAUGAAUUGCGUAAACUUCAGGUGGAAGAAGAAAUGAUGAUGCGCAAGUUUUAUGAACUUAUGUCAACUCAGGGUCAGACUAUUAAGGACGAAGAUGCUGAUAAAGUUUUAAAUAACGAUGGUGAAAAUGUGCAUUCUGGCGGUGGACAGUAACCUACAUGUCAAGAGAAAUGAAAAUUGUCUGGAUGGUGAAGAGACUGAAUCAAAGGGAAGAACAAGAACAAGAACGAGACUCACAAGCUUUUAUCGGGAUGCCUGCUAGAAGUUGCCCCCUCCCUCCCCUCCCCACUCACGCUCUUGUGCUUGUUAUUAUUGUUAUCAGUAAUGGCUUUGUAUGUGACUUGCAAAAUCUGCGCAUCUGCUACCUGCACCCACAGAAGCAAGCCAUAGACUUCAUCUCCUUAAUCUCAUGGUUGGUAUUGGUUUGCCUGCUGAAUUACAAAUUUCAUAAGAACUCAAGGCUACAGGAUGUAACAAAUUUCAGAACUCAAGGCUACAGGAUGUAGGGAUUGAUGUUAGAAGAUUUGAAUUGUCUUUUGUUUCUCGUCAGAUUUACUUUUAUAUGUAUAUGCUUGUAUUGAGUUACUAACUGCCAUGUUUCUCAAACUCAUGUCAGGCACUGCCUUGGUUGAAUUGUUGGUAAAAAUUUGUUCUGGCUUCA